GGGCCGGGCGUCGGAGCGGCGGAGACGGGCAGGAGCAGCCGACCGGGCUAGGAGAGCCCGGGACGAAGUGGACGACGCUCUCGCAAACUUGUUUGACCUCCGGAGCGAUGAAGAUGGUCGCGCCCUGGACGCGGUUCUACUCCCACAGCUGCUGCCUGUGCUGCCAUGUCCGCACCGGCACCAUCCUGCUGGGCGUCUGGAACCUGAUCAUCAACGCUGUGGUCCUGCUGAUCCUGCUGAGUGCCCUGGCAGAUCUCAAUCAGUAUCACUUUUCAGACUCUGAACUAGGAGGGGAAUUUGAGGUCAUGGAUGAUGCCAAUGUGUGCAUCGCUAUUUCAGUCUCUCUCCUCAUGAUCUUGAUAUGUGCCAUGGCUACUUACGGAGCAUACAAGCAACGUGCUGCCUGGAUCAUCCCCUUCUUCUGCUACCAGAUCUUUGACUUUGCCCUGAAUACUUUGGUUGCGAUCACUGUGCUGGUCUAUCCAAACUCCAUUCAGGAGUACGUCCAGCGGCUGCCUCCCAGCUUUCCCUACAGAGAUGAUAUAAUGUCGGUGAAUCCUACGUGUUUGGUCCUUAUCAUUCUUCUGUUUAUCAGCAUUAUUUUGACACUUAAGGGCUACUUGAUCAGCUGUGUCUGGAGCUGCUACCGAUACAUCAAUGGCAGGAACUCCUCUGAUGUUCUGGUUUAUGUUACCAGCAAUGAUACCACGGUGCUCUUGCCUCCGUAUGAUGACGCCACUGCUGUGACUGGCACUGCCAAGGAGCCCCCGCCACCCUAUGUGUCUGCCUGAGAGUAGCCGUGUGAGCCUGCAGCUGCCUAAAUGAUCCUUCUGUGAUUGUUCCCUUCCAAGAUGAGCUCUUUGAGCCUGUUUGUUGUUUAAAUACCACAUCUUACAAUUUAGGUGUUAGGUUGAAGCCUGUUGUUUGAACUAUUCCCUGUAGCUAGCGCACCAGAGCAGUAGUGAGGCUGUGGGAUUAUUUGGUAGGGGUGGAGUGUAAUGCAUUCUUCUAGCCUCUCUCAAAACUAUAGAAGGAGUUCCCAAGUCUGGUUUGUACUUGCCUGGUCCCAAAGCGUAGACAGUCAUACUUUUUUUUUCUCCAUUCCCACUGUCUGUUUUGAAGUAUAGAAUCAAAAUUAGAUUAUCUUUAAACCGUGCCAGUAUAUAGGACAAACCCUAAUGCAAUAAUGUUAAUUGUUCUAAUUAGGUCUUUAGGAGCCCUUACAUACAUGAUAUAAAAAUUUUCCGACUAUCCCCAAAUUCAGUGAUAUUGUGAAUUUGCUUGCCAAGGAAUUUCUUUGUGCUAAAUAAAGACCAUGAGGUAAUAGGGAACAGUGAGGGCAGGAACCUGCUGCUCAGGGUGGGUGUUUUGGGCUGUGGGGUGAUAGGUCUCCCCGCGUCUUAGGGGGGCCUGGUUUGCUUAGUGUCUUGCCCCAGCAAAUCUCUUACUUUGUCAAGUAGAACCACUCAGGUGUGUUUGCCUAGAAGUAUCGGGAAAGGUGUUCACCCAUUUUCCUUGCCAGGUACAUCCUGCUUUGAGAGUCUAAGUAUGCCUAAUCAUUUAUUAAAAUGUCAAGCGGUCUUGAGAAAGGUGAGGAUCAGUCCCCCGUGGAAUGCUCUAUAUGUCUGAAUUGAAAAAGAUGUUGAUGUUCAUAUCUCUGAAGUGAGCAGCUCUCCUGUUUGUUCAUUGCUGAAUGUGCUGUACACAGAGGCUUUGCAAUUAAAGUUUGUCUGCAUCCAAGAAAA